CAGGAUCGGAGGCAGAGUAAUUUCAUAUAUUACUUUGAAAAAAUCUUAAUGCUGUGUACGACUUUGUGUUGGAGAGAGAGAUUUGAAACAGAGAAGAAAAACAUAUAAAUUACAGACAGGAAAAUAAUAGUCAAAUAUUACCGGUGGCGCCGGUCAACGGUUGUUAAACCUCUCUCUAAAGCUCUCUCCUUCUCUCUCUUGUGCUUGGUCUUUGAAUUCUGUGGAGGAGCUUCUUGGGUUCUCGGAGUUUUUACCUGUUCUUGGUCUGAUCCAAAAAGGCUGAAUUUUGUUGUUUUUGGAGAAAAUUCUGCUUUUCAAUUUCUGGGUUUCCAAGUUUGGUUUAGAAGGAAAUGGCACAACGCUCUCAUGUACCCAAAUUUGGCAACUGGGAUAGUGGAGAUAAUGUUCCUUAUACAGCAUAUUUUGACAAGGCCCGGAAAGGUAGAACUGGCGCAAGGAUAAUAAACCCAAAUGACCCUGAGGAAAAUUCAGAUUUAAGUGCUGAGAAUCUAUCAUCUGAUCAACUACCUCCUUCCAAACCCAGAGUAUUUUCAGAGGAUCCACCCAGAAAGGUGUCACUGCAUUCAGAGGAUGACCCUAAGCAUUUCAUAGACUCUCCAGCUCGUCAUGACAAUGCAGGCAGUAGAAGUGGCAGCAGAAGCCAUGGUGUAGGUUCCGCUGAGAACCGUAGAAGACCUUCAACGCAAAGCACUGGUUCUGAGUUCAGCAUUGACCGUUCGCCGCUUCAUCGCCAGGCUAGAGCCCCAGGCCGAGACAGUCCCCAAUGGGAAGGGAAGAAUUCUUAUGAAAGCAGCCAGGGAACACCAGGGAGAUCUCGGUUCAAACCUCGGGGAGAUGAAACACCUGAUAAAGGUGCAGCUGUUCCAAAGUUUGGUGAUUGGGAUGUGAAUAACCCAGCAUCAGCUGAUGGCUUUACUCACAUUUUCAAUAAAGUGAGGGAGGAGAAACAAGGUGGGCCAGGACAAGUGCAAGGCACGCCAGAGAGACCACAAGUUAUCAGGGGCAAACCUACCAAUGACAAAGUCCAGUGUUGCUGCUUUGGGUGGGGCAAAAAUUGAUUUCUUGGAAGUGUGAAUGGUUUUCUCGACAGAAAUGAUGGUAAAAAUAGUGAUGUGAAUGGUCAUGAGGUGUGUCUAGCUCUUGUAAAUAUCCAAGGCUCUCUCUCCGUGCGUGAAGACAUCGAUGAAGUAAAUUUAUCGCAACUACUUUGUGCCUUGCUAAUAUCCCAAAAACAUGCUCUGUAUGCAAGAUUGUGAAAUUUCUUUCUUUCUUUUUGAGCCUUCUGUUGUGUUACUGUUAUGGUUUACGAUUCAAAUUAACUGUAUCUACCAGAGAUAUAGAAGGAUAUUUGUUAUAUAAUUCUUUUCCAAUGAAUUGAUGGGUUGUGACUUGGGUUCUGUUUUGUUCA